CGUCUUCAUUUCGCCGAUCACUCGCGCGCGAUUCUCCGGGGUGCUCGAGCAGUGAGACACCGGGCGCGCACCGUGCAUGCAUUUUUAACACGGCGGCUCUGACGUAGCCCCUCCUCGCGCUCUGCGCGGGACGGGACGAGACGGGACGGGACGGGAGUAGGUGCAGAGCAUGCACCACUGCUGCACGCGGGCAUUUCUGCACAACGCCACAACGGUUUCUGCAGCUGGUCUCGUGCGGUAAUGUUGAAGAGUGCGAGAGCGCCAGCCGGCAGACGGUGACCGGAGCUCGCGAGGCACCGGUCGAGAGCUCCGCAGCAUGACUGGACGGUGAAGAGGGACGUUUUUCACGUUUCCCUCGAAGACCCGAAGCACGCGCGACUCGCCGGUCGGCUCAGAAUGGGCGCGUGCCUUGCCGUCCUGGCGGCGCUCGCGCUGCGUGCUUGCCAGGCGUCGCGCGACUGCGGCGACGUGCGCUGCGGCGAGCACGAGCGAUGCUGCGCGCGCGGCAACAACAGCACCAGCAACGGGAACGGCAGUGGCGCGGCGACGCGCGCGUUCCUGGACGGCGCGGGCUGGCUGGCGCGGAAGCUGUCGGGCGUGCUCAUCCUGCUGCUGCUCUUCGUCAUGGGCUACUUCGUGCAGCGCGUGGUGUGUCCGCGGCCGCGCGGGCGGCGCGAGAGGGCGCGCGCGUCCCAGGACACGCUGCUGACGACGCCGCCGCCGCCGCUCGAGCCGGGUGCCGAGUUCACGUGGCCCGCGCCGCUGCCGCCGCCGCCGCGCCUGCCCGCCUACGACGAGGUCAAACACCUGCCCACGUACGAGGAGAGCGUGCAGGAGGUGGAGGAGGAAGAGGAGGAGGAGGAGGAAGGACUCGGGGGGCGCCGCUCCGAGGAUAACCUGCUGGAGGCGGCGGGACCGCUGCGGAGACCCCGCGAGGAGAGACGGACGGCCGCGCGACAGACCAGGAGCUCCAGGAACUCUGUGUGAUGGACAGCAGUAUGUUCUCCCCAAUUUGGUUGCAUCUUAUUUCACCCGCUAACCAAGCUUCCAUCACACAACAUUACCAAGCUGGGAGCGUGACGGCUAGCACAGCCUCCUUCGAGAAACGUGACGCUACACUGUAUCUCUUCAAGCUGCUGCUAACGCAACAGCACUGGACAGCUCAAAGCACUCAGAG